CAGCGCCAAUACUACCUCUGGCAACAUGGUUGGCGCAGGAGGUGGCGCCUUCUUGGCAUUGGCAUUGGCGGGUAAAACGAUAUCAGCAUUCGUGCUUCCUCCUGCAACGUCGUUCACAGGAGUCGGCUUGUCGGGUUCCGCACGGCAGAGCGCCAUCAGGAGGAAUGGCGUUUCGUCCAUGAUCUUCGAUUUCCCGGCGCCCGGAGAAAGAAAAGACUAUCCCCGACCCCCGUUGGAGGAGACCUCCGAGAACCAGCGGGAAUCUGCAGCCUUCUCGCAAGCAUUCCUCGACAUGCCUAGGCCGGAGCGGCCAUUGAAAGUUGCCGUAAUUGGAGCAGGGCUAGCAGGGCUAUCAUGCGCCAAGUAUUUGUCUGAUGCAGGGCACAAACCGGUCGUCCUUGAGGCAAGGGAUGUUUUGGGAGGAAAAGUGGCCGCAUGGCAAGACAAAGAUGGCGACUGGGUCGAGACUGGACUGCACAUCUUUUUCGGUGCCUACCCAAAUGUGAACCAGAUGUUCACGGAGCUAGGUAUUCGGGACCGCUUGCAGUGGAAGUCGCACAGCAUGAUCUUUGCUAUGCCGGGACAACAGACGGCGGACGGAUUCCAGCGAUUUUCCCGCUUCGAGUUUCCCGCCUUGCUGCCCGCUCCGCUCAACGGCCUAGUGGCUAUUCUCCUCAACAACGAGAUGCUCACAUUCCCGGAGAAGAUUCAGUUUGGGAUCGGGCUACUGCCGGCGAUUCUCUUCGGCCAGAAGUACGUUGAGGAGUGCGAUUCGCUCACAGUAUCGCAGUGGAUGAAAAAGCAAGGGGUUCCAGACCGUGUGAACGACGAGGUCUUCAUUGCUAUGGCCAAGGCUCUCAACUUCAUUGACCCCGAGAAUCUGUCAAUGACAGUUGUGUUGACGGCUCUCAACCGUUUCCUCCAGGAGACGCACGGAUCCAAGAUGGCGUUUUUGGAUGGGCCGCCGCCAACACGGUUGUGCCAGCCGAUGGCGGACCACAUGCUUGCCCGCGGCGGAGAAUUGAGGAUGGAGCAGCGAAUCUCUGAGAUUUUGCUGAACGACGACAAGACGGUUAAGGGAUUGAAAAUGCAAGACGGAUCGACGGUAGUGGCGGAUGCGUACGUCUCGACCAUGCCGGUUGACAUCCUCAAGCUUGCGCUUCCCGAAGCAUGGAGACCCAUGCCCUACUUCGAGAAAUUAAACGGUCUGAACGGAGUACCUGUGAUCAACAUCCACAUGUGGUUUGACAGGAAGCUGACGACGGUGGACCAUCUCCUUUUCUCGCGGUCUCCGCUGUUGUCAGUGUACGCCGACAUGUCGCUCACAUGCAAGGGCUACCGUGACGACGACAAGUCGAUGCUUGAACUCGUUUUUGCCCCCGCGAAAGACUGGAUUGGCAAGUCAGAUGAAGACAUCAUUGAGGCAACCAUGGGAGAGCUGUACAGGCUCUUCCCCAACGAGCUCAGCAAGGAUGGCUCAGGGGCGAAGCUGCUCAAGUCAGCCGUCGUGAAAACCCCUCUUUCAGUGUACGAGGCGACAGCAGGACGCGAGUUGUAUCGCCCUGUUCAGACGACGCCGGUUUCUAACUUCUUCCUGGCUGGGUGCUUCACCAAACAAAAGUACUUGGCGAGUAUGGAGGGAGCUACUUUCUCCGGGAAACUGGCGGCACGGGCUCUUUGCGAUGCUGCUAUUGCGGGCACGGUACCCUUGCAGAAGGAGUCGUCUGCUGUUGCAGCCUAGAAUCCGGACGCAGUAGGCGAUUUGUGAACCUUCACCCUGCGCCGCUAGUUGCGGACGGUCUGCUGGCGGGCGCUGUGUCGGGAGAACUGAGGGACGCAUUCCGUCAUGAGCAGCAAAAAAGAAAUUGCGAAACAUGUAAAUUACGUUAGAGUCAGUUUUACCAAGGAACCUGCAAAAUGCCUUGCACGUGUUAUUGACCAUCCAAACGCAACCGUAGGGAAGUUGGCCUGCGUGAUGUUCCAAACAUUCCUUGAGAAGAGAUUGCAUGGCGGGAUUUCGUGCCGCUCAUCUUCACAAGGAGAA